AUGGAUGUUGCAAUGAUACCUUUAGAGGAAGAUGAUUCUACACCAAAAGUAUUUCUUUUCAAGCCCCCCCACCUCUUGGAUCAGCUAAGGUCUAAAAAUAAACGUGAAAAUCGUUGGUUGAAAUGUAAUUACCACGGUCUCCGUUGGGACUCUGAAGAAGUGCCCUAUGAAGGUUCAAUCGUCACUUUUCAGUCUAUUAUUAAAGAGGAUGACAAAAAUAAAAUUGAAAGAGUAAAAAGUGAUAGUGAUCGUGAUUUCCAAAUUGACAGUGAUAGUGACAAUAUAGCUAGUGUAAAUAAAGAAAGAAAUGGUGUUUAUAAUGAUGUAGAUUGCGAUAGUAAGAGAAAAGCUUCGAUGAGUGAUAAAGAUGGUGACAAUGACACUAACAUAAUAGUUAUGGAUUCUGAUAGUGACAGGAAAACUGUUAGUGAUAGAGACAGUGAUACGAAUAUAAAAAAUAAAAUUGAAAGAGUAAAAAGUGAUAGUAAUCGUGAUUUCCAAAUUGACAGUGAUAGUGACAAUAUAGCUAGUGUAAAUAAAGAAAGAGAUGGUGUUUAUAAUGAUGUAGAUUGCGAUAGUAAGAGAAAAGCUUCGAUGAGUGAUAAAGAUGGUGACAAUGACACUAACAUAAUAGUUAUGGAUUCUGAUAGUGACAGGAAAACUGUUAGUGAUAGAGACAGUGAUACGAAUAUA